AUGGAUGAUAUACUUCAAAAAUUGAAUAUUUGGGGAUCUUGGUGCAGGGUGGUUCAGUUUUCGGAAACUGACUUACCAGUUGGACGUGUGGGGCAUACUGCUCAUGUUUUACCCUUAGACUGUGACCCUAUUGGCGAAAGAUUAUUAAUUAUCAUAAUUGGUGGCGCGGAUCCUUCAAAAGUUCUCAAUGAAGCUUUUGCUCUCGAUAUGGUAUCCCUCAAGUGGUACACUGUUGGUGUGGCGGAAGGAAUAGAUUUUCCUAGUUUGGGCAGAUACGAGCAUAGUAGUGCAAUUUUAUGCGAUCAGAGACUAUUGAUAUUCGGUGGUGCAACAAAGUCAGGUCCUUUAUGUCAACUACUUCGUUUACAAAUCGAUGUUCACUCAACAAUGACGCCUACGAUGGCAGCAACAACAUUGAAUUCAUCAGUUCCACCUGAAAUACAGUCAAUUAAUGCGAGUAUAAAGCAGGAUGACAAUCAAACUGCUAUAGAACAAUUUAUCUGGAAACCUCGUACACAGCAUUCGUCAGUUUCACUUACUGAACAUGAUCAACUUUUGAUAUUCUCCGGUGGAGAUAUUGGUAGUCAAACAGUACUUGAUGAGAAAGUGUAUAUGUACGAUAAUGUAGUGAAUUCAUGGACGAUAAUACCAGUUGAAGGAAUAUCACCUUGCUCACGAUUAGGUCAUUUAAUAUUGUAUGAAUCUCCAUAUGAGUUAAUCAAUUCUACUUCUGAACGUAUUCCAAAAGGAAAUUUGUAUAUACAUGGAGGAAUGGCUGGCGGAGAACUAUUUGAUGAUCUCUAUGCCUUGCAUUUUGAACAAACAAAUAAUGAUCUAAAUUUUAAAGGUGUUUGGAAUAAAUUAUUUCCUACUAUUCAUCAAAAUACAAUGGAUAAACAAGAUUACUCAAGUUCCAGAGAUCUUAUAUCUGCUAAACUUGUUUCACCAGGUCCACGUGCUGCUCAUGGUGGUACAAUUUUAACCAAUAAAAUUUUUGGAAUUGAUAAGAGUAAAAUAUUGAUAUUUGGUGGAUUUUCGUCUAGUGGAGCUCUAAAUGAUAUGUUUUGCUUCGAUACAAACUUACGACAAUGGAGUGAAAUAAGAUAUGAAACUUCUAUAUUGCCUGGUCCACGUUUAGAUUUUGCUUAUUGUAUGUUCACAUUGAUAGUGGAGAAAAAUAAUUCGAAGAUCAAUUUGGCAAGAGUGAAAACAAAAUCACAAAAAGAUGAACGAGUUGCUGAUGACAACGAAGUCGAUGAUAAUGACAAGUAUUGUCAAGAUUAUUUCUUCAUUCAUGGUGGUAUGGAUAGUCAGGGUACAGUGUUUAAUGAUGCCUACCUUAUUUUACUGACUGAAUAUCAGUUAUCAAAUCCAAUGAAUUUUCAGACAAUUAUCGAUCGAAAUGAUUCAAUUACAAAGUGUAAAAAUGUAUAA